GAACGUGCUCAGGCCCGCGGCAGGGGGCGGGGUCGCGCCUCCUCCGUGGCUCUGGUUCCAGUGGAGCCUCACCGACGCGGAGAUGGAAAGCCCGAGGCUGCUCCCGCCUCGAGGGACACGACAGAGCGGCGGUGCUGGCAGCCCCGCGGGCGCCAGCCGGUUCCACGGCGGCCCUGACCCGCGGGCUGGCCAGGUCCCCGCGCGCCGCCUCCUGCUGCUCCGGGGCCCCCAAGAUGGCGGGCCCGGGAGGCGGCACGAGGAGGCCAGAGCGGCCUCACGGGGCCCGGGCCCGAGCCCGUUGGCGCCGAGGUCGGAUCACGCUGGCGGCGGCGGCGGCGGCGGCGACGGCGACGGCGAUGACUUCUUCCUGGUGUUGCUGGACCCGGCGGGUGGCGAUGUGGAGACCACGGGCGCCGGCCAGGCCGCAGGGCCUGUAUGGAGGGAGGAGGCCGAGUCGGUCCCACAGCUCCAGCAGGGUGAGAACGGCGCGAAUCCCGCGGGCCGCCAGGCGCUAGGCCCCCGCUGCCUGUCCGCAAUCCCCGCCCCAUCCCCGGCUGAAAACCCGAUCCCCGCCCCAGGCCUGGGACCCGCCGCGGCCUUCACGGGCACCGUCACCAUCCACAACCAAAACCUGCUGUUGCGCUUCGAGAACGGUGUCCUCACCCUGGCCACGCCCCCGCCGCCGGCCUGGGAGCCUGGGGUCGCGCCUGCCCCUCAGCCUGGGGGUCUGAUGGCUCCGCAAGCGGGGGUCCCGCACGCCGCGCAGCCCAGCGACUGCCCCGAGCUGCCGCCCGACCUCCUGCUGGCGGAGCCAGCUGAACCGGCGCCCGCCCCCGCGCCUGAGGAGGAGGCAGAGGGCCGAGCCGCAGCCGAGAGUCCCCGCAGGCCGCUGGGCCCAGGCCCGGGCGUGGUGCUGUACCUGUGUCCCGAGGCGCAGUGCGGACAAACCUUCGCCAAGAAGCACCAGCUGAAAGUGCACCUGCUGACUCACAGCAGCAGCCAGGGCCAGCGGCCCUUCAAGUGCCCCCUGGGCGGCUGUGGCUGGACUUUCACCACCUCCUACAAGCUCAAGAGGCACCUGCAGUCGCACGACAAACUGCGGCCCUUUGGCUGCCCUGCGGAGGGCUGUGGCAAGAGCUUCACCACGGUGUAUAACCUCAAGGCGCACAUGAAGGGCCAUGAGCAGGAGAACUCGUUCAAAUGCGAGGUGUGCGAGGAGAGCUUCCCCACUCAGGCCAAACUCAGCGCCCACCAGCGCAGCCAUUUCGAGCCUGAGAGGCCAUACCAGUGCGCGUUUUCUGGCUGCAAGAAGACGUUUAUCACAGUGAGUGCCCUGUUUUCCCAUAACCGUGCCCAUUUCAGGGAACAGGAACUCUUUUCCUGCUCUUUUCCUGGCUGCAGCAAACAGUACGACAAGGCUUGUCGCCUGAAAAUUCACCUGCGGAGCCACACCGGUGAGAGACCUUUCCUUUGUGACUUUGACGGCUGUGGCUGGAACUUCACCAGCAUGUCCAAACUCUUAAGGCACAAAAGGAAGCACGAGGAUGACCGGAGGUUCAUGUGCCCUGUGGAAGGCUGUGGGAAAUCUUUCACAAGGGCUGAGCAUCUGAAAGGCCACAGCAUAACCCACCUGGGCACAAAGCCUUUUGUGUGCCCUGUGGAAGGCUGCUGUGCCAGGUUCUCUGCUCGCAGUAGUCUCUACAUCCACUCCAAGAAACACUUACAGGACGUGGACACUUGGAAAAGCCGUUGCCCAGUCUCUACUUGUAAUAAACUCUUCACAUCCAAGCACAGCAUGAAGACCCACAUGACCAAAAGGCACAACCUCGGCCAGGAUCUCUUAGCUCAGCUAGAAGCUGCGAAUUCUCUUACGCCCAGCAGUGAACUUACCAGCCAGGGACAGAGUGAUCUCAGUGAUGCAGAGCUAGUGUCUCUCUUCUCGGAUGUGCCUGGCAGUAGUUCUGCUGCAGUGCUGGACACAGCAUUGGUGAACUCUGGAAUCUUGACUAUUGAUGUGGCUUCUGUGAGUUCAACUCUGGCAGGGAGCCUCCCUGCUAAUAGUAAUAAUUCCUUAGGGCAGGCUGUGGACCCUCGGGCCUUGAUGGCCACCAGUGACCUUCCUCAAAGUCUGGAUACCUCUCUCUUUUUUGGAACGACAGCCUCUGGUUUUCAGCAGAGUCCCUUAGAUAUGGAUGAUGUCCCAAGUCUAAGUGUGGGGCCAUUGGCAUCUCUGGGCUCUUUGGCUAUGAAAAACUCAAGUCAAGAGCCCCAAGCUUUGACCCCCAGCAGUAAGCUAACAGUGGACACAGAUGCUCUGACUCCUUCAAGCACCCUUUGUGAAAACAGUGUCUCAGAACUACUGCCGCCAACCAAAGCAGAAUGGAAUGUACAUCCUGACUCUGACUUCUUUGGACAGGAGGAAGAAACCCAGUUUGGAUUCUCCAAUCCAGCAGGAAACCAUGGUUCUCAGAAAGAAACAGAUCUUAUCACAGUGACUGGCAGCUCAUUUUUGGUAUGAACUAUUAAUUCCUUGCCACGUGGCUUAUUCUUAUGAAUUACACUCAAUUUUUAGGCUAUUCUGGACUAAAUGUUUAAAUUCAGUCAUUCCAAAAAAAUAAAUAAAUAAUAAAUAAAUUCAGUCAUUCCUUAUAGGUUUGAAAAACAACAACGCCCUGGGCUGUAAGUUUGGAGAUUUAAAUUAUGAUCUUGACUCUGGAACUGUCAAGUUGUGUGACCCUGAGUAAGUCACUUAACCUAUCUGAGCCUUAAUUUCCUUAUUUAUAAAAUGAGGUGGUUUGAAUAGAUUGUUUCUAAGGUCUUCAGCUCUGUAAUUCCUUGAUAAUAAGCUAUAUCUUUGGAAAAAAAAUUAGGACAUUUUUUAGUGAUUGUGUUGCAUGUGCUUUUUUUUCAAACGUACAUAAUAGUAUAAUGAACAGCCAUGUGCUUAGCACCCAACCUCAUCUAUUAUCCAUUUAAAAACAGUUUUGUCUAAUCCCUACUCUAACUCUCAUCAAGAAUUAUUUUGGAAUAAAUACCAUACUUUACAUCAUUUCAACCAUAAUUAUUCUAUAUAUAGUUCUAUAAAGUAUGGUCUCUUUUGGAAAAAAUUACAAUUCCAUUAUCAUACUUAAUGUUAACAGUAAGUCCUUAAUAUCAAUAAAUAUCCAAUCAGAUUCCAAUUGCAAUUGUCUCAUAAAUGCUAUUUAUUUUAGUAUUUUUAAUAUAGAAUUCCAGUAACUCUCUUAAGUGUCUUUUUCAUCUGUUUCCCCUUUGUCUCUUUCUUAGCACUUUUAUUUGUUGAAGAAAUAGGUUGUUUCACAUGUAGCAUUUACCACAACCUUAAAUUUUUGUGAUUACAUGCUUGUGGUGUUAAGUUCCUCUACCCUCCGUUUCCUUAAUUUGGUAGAUGGAUCUAGAGACUUGAUCAGAAUGGAAAUACGAUUUUGGGGGCAGGAAUAUUUCUUAGGUCAUGUUGUAUUCUUUUUAUAAGGUGAUACAUAAUGUCUGGUUCUCUCUUUUUUUGUGAUAUUUGCAGCUGCUGCUGAUGAAUGCAUUUAUUGGUGAUUACCUGUGUUUCUGAUAUCAUGGGUUGUUCUUACAGGAUUACUAUUAGUGGAGGAGGAAAUGCUGUUUAAGGCAUUUAUAGAAGUUUAAUUGAAGUAUUAUUCAAUGCCAGAAUAUUUUCUUAAAUAGUGAUAGAAUUAACAAGAAAAAAGGUUAACAAAAAAUAUGUUGGCUAUUCUCACCAUUUAUAAUCCUGACCCUUUUUAAUGAAGGUAGGAUUUGUUUUUGUUGAAGUUGUCAGCCAGAAUUUUGACAUGAAACAAGACCAGGGUCAAAUUUGUGUGGGAUAAGUGGCCUUGAAUAAAUUAGUCUCACUAAGCCUGAGUUUCCUAGCUGUCAAAUGAUCAUAGCAAUGCACACACAUAGCUAACACACUUUAAACUUUUCUUCUUUUCCAGUUUUUAAUACGUAAGGAAAAGAAUUAUGUGCUUUGGCAUAUUUUGAUGAAUAUAUUUACCCCCUCAGGCCUUCCUGCUGUAAGGGAGAAAUUGAGAUAAUUUAAUCCUAUUAAUGUUUAAGCAGUAAGUUUUGUGAGGGUUAGAGUGAGGCAGGAUAGGGAAUCUGUAUUUUUUCCACUGAAUAAUCCCGCCCCCUUCCAGGAAUUUCUGUGGGGAAAUGCCAGGAAUGGAGACAUUGCUCACAGGUAUACUGCAACUCUUUCCCUUAGAUCAGUUUGUCACCUUCUUUGCUCUGCUUCCAAAGUCAGACUUGGCUGUCAUUACGGAGCCUGCUGUUGCAUGAAGCUCUGAUAAUGGAGCAGAGGUUUCCUCCUUUCUGUGGUCUGGAGAGCUCGUUGUUUGCAUUUUCUCAGAUUGGAAGGAUAGAAUGAAUCUGAUUAUUGUGUAAGCUGUCUGUCUUAUAUGAGUACAGCUUUUGAAUUUUGUGGAAUAUCUUCACAACUGGUAUCUUAUUUGUUGUUCAGAACAACCCUGUGUAGUAGUUUUGGCAAAGUCUGUAUUGUGACUUGUGACAGUUUAGCCAACUUACAUUCCAAAUGGGCUUUGGCUAGUGACAGACAGUUCUAUACAUAGCUUAAAACAAAGAAGAGAAUUUAUUUUCACCUCUCCUUUUCCAGUCAUCCAACUUCCAUGAUUCAUACCAGUGUCAAAACUAGCUGCUGUUUCGGACUUUAAUUGAUUUCUGUUACUUUCUGCUUAACCACUCCACUCCCUUGCAUGUGCAUGUGCAUUCCAGUCUUUGCCAUUCUUUUCUUUUUCUUAUUUUUUUAAUGGAUAGUUUUCCUGCCCCUGUUUUCUCAUCUUAGAUAAUACUGUGUGUAACAUACAUACACACACACACACACACACAUAUGAUUCAUGAUAAACGAGAUUAUUUUCUACAUUGUUCAGAUGAGAAGUAGAUUUCUGUUUUAUUAUUUUCAUUUUUUAAAAGUUUUUGCCACAGAGUUUGGCUAACUAAUGCUCUCUUAUUUGCUGUAGUGUACUAGUCCAGUAGUGUUUGCACGUGAAUGUCUAUGGAUGACAGUUAUUGUAGCACUUUGGCAGUGCACUAAAAAUUUGCCACUUUGAUAUGUUUCUGUACUGUGUGUGGGUAUACACACAUACACACAUAUAUUUUUUAAAGUGGUUGUGUUCAUUUAAUGAAAAAAGUAGGCAUACUUUUGUAAAUCAGAAAUGUUCAGAAUUUUAUUGUCUACUCAUUCAACAGUUUUCUCCCUUUGCUUUGAAAUAUUUGUAUUUAUAAAGUGCAUUUCAAAAAUAUUGUCAUUCAUUAAGGUCUUUUAAAUAGACCACUAUUUUUCAUGUCCAGAAGAUACGUGUGUCAAGCAUCGAAAUGAAUGCACAAGUAGCAAACAUCAAAUAAAUUAUUUAAACACCAAGAGAAUUUAAUAAUGUGAUUUUAUUUUUUUUAAUCCCUUAAACCAACUUUCUCCCACUAAAAUCAUAAAAUAUAUUUUUUUCUUAUUCAUCACUGGAAUUUUCAAAGGACAAAUGUUACUUUUCUCAAAAAUAAAAGUUUUCUUUGUCCAUGGGCUCACAGAGUUUCACUGAACAAAUUUGUUCAAAUGAUUUCUCUUUCAACACCAUUUUCUAGAAAAAUGGUGACCCACUUUAUACUUUCAAGGUAAGAAGUCUAAUUUUUGUUGGUGGUGACAAAGUUGCGAUUACUCCUUUUAAAUAAUGGCACGUGUUUUAAUUUAAUCCUAUUUCUUUUCUUUUUCUCUUCAGUCUGGUUUAUUAAAAAAUCUUGCCAAAAAUAAGUCUUGCCAAAAAAUUAAUAAAAUCUUGUCAAUUAAAAACAUAGCAACUUGAUGGCUUAAAAAGAAGUCUGCUUCUAGGGGUUCUGUUGAUCAUGUUGAUUGUAAAUUAACAUAUAUAUUGGCAUUGGCAUUUUUACAAAUUAGUAUAAUUAAUAUAACAUAAUGCUUGAGUAAUGGGAGUAAAACAUGGGUAGAUUAUGCAGUUUAUUUGUCUCGGUGACCUAAACUCUUCAUGUUCUUAUCCAGGAAACAUAUAAGAAGGCAAUUUGUCAGCUGGAGUCUCCAUUGUAUUUAUUUCAAAUUAACAAAUACUUAUUAAGCAUCAUUGUGCAAAUACAACAUAACAUAUUGAGGAUUCUAUGAUAAGAAUAAUAUGCAACUCUGACCUUUAAGGAGAUCAGUUUUUGUUUUGUUUUAAGAUUUUAUUUAUUUGACACAGAGAGAGACAGCGAGAGAGGGGACACAAGCAGGGGGAGUGGGUGAGGGAGAAGCAGGCUUCCUGCCGAGCAAGGAGCCCCAUGCGGGGCUCGAUCCCAGGACCCUGGGAUCAUGACCUGAGCCGAAGGCAGACGCUUAACAACUGAGCCACCCAGGUGCCCCAAGGAGAUCACAGUUGAUAGGAGGAGAGAGAAAAACUUUUAUUAAAGAAUUGGAGAACAGAAAUGGGGUUAAGUUUAAUUUGGUACCAAAAUGACUGAGAGGUAAACACACACACACCCCACACCCCCACUUCUCCCCCCACACAAUAAGAACAAUGAGAAAUUUAUUCUGGGCAGAGGUGAAAACCUGUGAACAUGUUUUAAUAGAGAAGUCAGAUCAUGGAAAUUAUGUCUUAGAAAGAUUAAUGUAAUGGAGAUGUACAGUAUGAAUUAGGUGGGAGAGAAUGGAAUAGGAGGAUCAAUGAAAAAACUUUUGUAGCAAUUCAGGUGUAAUAUGAUGAAGCAUAAAGCCUGGACUAGAAUGAUGUCAGUGGGAAGUGAAAGGAAGGAACCAAAAUUGAAGAAGUUUUCAAAUUGAGGAAAGAAUAGUUCUUAGUGCCUCAUUAGGGAGAUAGAUAAUAUAGAUAGAUGAUAGAUAGAUAGGUAACAUUGGAGAGAGACUGAGAGAAAUCAGAAAUAACUCAGGUAUCCUUGGGGACUGUAAUAAUCACAUUUUUACUAACUGAGGGAAGUAAGGAAGAGUUUUCAGAAUUAAGUAUGUAAAGAUGGUGUUUAGUUAAAUGCUAAUUGAUAAAUCAUAGUUAUCCCUGCAUAAGCUAUCCAUAUUGUGGUUUAUCCACUUUCUAGACAACAGAGGGCCGCUUCCUCUUCCUUGGUUCCUUCAGGCAUGCUCAGAACUAUCUAUAUAGUUCUGUUCUUUUUCCUUCCCUUUCAAUGACCAGAGUCCUCCUCAUCUUGUCUUGAAUGAUCUAGAUCUGCACUAAUCAAUAUGGCAACUACUAGUCAUAUGUGGCUAUUGAGCACUUAAAAUGUGGCUACUAUGAGAGACUGGGUUUUUAUUUUAUUUAUGUAUUUAUUUAAAGAUUUUUGUUUAUUUAUUUGACAGACAGACACAGCGAGAGAGGGAACACAAGCAGGGGGAGUGGGAGAGAGAGAAGCAGGCUUCCUGCCAAGCAAGGAGCCCGAUGCGGGGCUCGAUCCCAGGACCUUGGGACCAUGACCUAAGCCGAAGGCAGACGCUUAAUGACUAAGCCACCCAGGCGCCCCUGAGAGACUGGAUUUUUAAUUAAUUUAAAUUUAAAAGCUGCAACAGUUUAAAAUAGUUUCCUGUUAAGUAUAAUCUUACUGUUUUAGUAGGAUUAAUUUUCACUUUAACCACUGACGAUUUUGCAUCUGAAUUAAGAUAUCCUGUCAAAUACAAACCAGAUUUUGAAGGCUUAGUUUAAAAAAUUAAAAUAUUUCAUGAGUAUGUGUAUACUGAUUACAUAUUGAAUAAUAUUUGAAUUUUUUCAGCUUUAUUGAGGUAUAAUUGACAAAGUUGUAAGAUAUUUAAAAUGUACGUUGUGGUGAUAUGUAUAUGUUGUGAAAGGAUUCCCACCAUCUACUUAACACAUCCAUCACCUCACAUAUUUAUUUAUUUGUACUGAAAAAAUUUUAUUUUAAGUAUAUUUGCUCAAAGAAAAUGUAAUAUUAAAAUUAAUUUUAGAAGUUUAUUUUUAAUUUUUAUUUCUUAUUUAUUUCUUAUUACUCUUUUUUAUUAUUAUGUUCAAUUAGCCAACAUAUAGUACAUCAUUAGUUUUUGAUGUAGUGUUCAAUGAUUCAUUAGUUGCCUAUAACACCCGGUGCUCAUCACCACACAUGCUCUCCUUAAUACCCUUUAGAGGUGGGGGGCAAAGGGCAGAGGGAGAAGGAGAAAAUCUUAAGCAGGUUCCAUGCCCGAUCUUUGACUUGAGAUAUGCUAGAAGUGAUCCUAGAGAUUUUAUACUUUCCUUUCUCAUUUUAUGAAUGAGAAAAAAGUAUUAAACCUAUACUUUUGUAUGUGAAGUUUAUUUUCUUAUUAUAAGAAUGAAGGCAAAAUUUAAUUUUCUGGAAUAAUAAGGACAUUAUUUUGAAAAUAACUAUUAUAUAGUCACACUAGCUGGAAGGAAGGAGAUAGUAAUUCAUUUCAUGUAAUAUUUGAGGCUGAGACCUAAACAUGAAGGAAUUUAAAAGUUCACCAGUACACUAGGGUGUGUAUGUGUGUGGAAGGGUUGUCCGGAUAAAUACGCAUUUUGAUUUCUAGGCAAAAACAGUAGUUUAACACUUUCAGUCUGUUCCAAAUUAGCAAAGCUUUCUUUAAUGAUGAGCAACUUAAGUGUUCAAGAUGUAAAACAUGGACAAAAAUUAACAAAAGCAGAAUUUAAAUGACAUCCUACUUGUAGCAUAAAUGCAAAAGAAUGUCAUUUAUUUUAAACAAGACUAACCUCCCUCUUCUGUUUAUAAUAUAGAGUGGGGAGAUAACUCUAGGGUGAGAUUUGGCUCACUGACAGGAGGAAAUUGGCCAUAUGUCUGCUUGGACAUUGGCCAGGACAACCCUAGUGGAAAUUCCAGUAAAUGCAGUAGUAGCAGUUCAUCCCAAGCUAUUUCAAACUUUAGUUGAUGCCACAAUGAGUCGUUUCCUGUCCAAAGUGGCUGCAUCACUUAGUUAACACGUACUGGAGUCAAACCUUAGUACUUGCUAUUUCUAGUAAAAUUUAACAUGUCACCUUAAAUUCACAUAUGUUGUGGCUUCCUGGAACUAAUUAUUAAUUUUUAUGUUAUAAUUUGACAAUAAUUCAGAUUCAUGCCUUAAUGAUAAUAGUAAACAAAAAUGAAUGUCAAUAUUUAAUUAUUUGACUCCAUUUAAAAAAUAUUUUGACUAAAUCAAAUUCUCUUUUAUGUGGACCAUAUUUUUCCACAUUAUUUGAGUAUGUCUCAAUCAUUUUGUAAGCUGCAAGCAAUAAAAAUUAGAACUCUGUUAAAAUAAAUAUUUAGAAUUAUAGUCUUAGAAUAUUGGGAACUUUGAAAAUGGAGAAAGUUAGGCGGGCUUCCCUCCAUUUACAAAUCAGUGAUAGAACUCUUGGAAAAAUCUGAGUAAGACAUUCAGUGAAUCUUGUGGCUAAGAUGAACUUUAUAGAAAAAAGUCAGUUGAUUUUAUCAUUUUAAAUUAUCCAUUUAUAUGUAUCAAGUUGGCCUCUGAAAAUAAUCUUACAUGCUGUAAGAACAUAGAGAAUUCUGUUUUUAAAAACGUCAUCUAAAAUAUCAGGUCAUUUUUAAAUUUUCAAGAAACCUCCAUACUAUUUUCCAGAGUGGCUGCAUCAGUUUGCAUUCCUGCCAGCAAUAUGAGGGUUCCCUUUUCUCUGCAUCCACGCCAAUACCUGUUGUUUCUUGUGUUCUUAAUUUUAACCAUUCUGACUGGUGUGAGGUGAUAUCUCAUUGUUCUUUUGAUUUGUUAUUUCCAUGAAGAUGAAUGAUGUUGAGUAUCUUCUGAUGGGUAUGUUAGCCAUCUGUAUGUCUUCUUUGGAAACCUGUUGAUUCAUGUCUUCUGCCCAUUUUUUUAACUGGAUUCUUUCUCUUAAUUUAAAUUCAAUUAGCCAACAUAUAGUACAUUAUUAGUUUCAGAUGUAGAGUUCAGUUAUUCAUCCGUUGCAUAUUAACACCCAGUGCUCAUCACAUCAUGUGCCCUCCUUAAUUAAGCCCAUCACCCUUACUCCAUCCCCCCACCCCCCACCCCUCCAGCAACCCUCAGUUUGAUUCUUAUAGUUAAGAGUCUCCCAUGGUUUGUCUCCCUCCCUGAUUUCUUCUCAUUCAGUUUUCCCUCCCUUUUCCUAUGAUCCUCUGCACUAUUCCUUAUAUUCCAUAUAUGAGUGAAGCCAUAUGAUAAUUGUCUUUCUCUGAUUGACUUAUUUCACUCAGCAUAAUACCCACCAGUUCCAUCCACGUUGAUGUAAAUGGUAAGUAUUCAUCCUUUUUGAUGGCUGAGUAAUAUUCCAUUGUGAUAUACCACAUCUUCCUUAUCCAUUCAUCUGUUGAUGGACAUCUGGGCUCUUUUCACAGUUUGAAUAUUGUGGACAUUGCUGGAUUACUUAUUUUUUAAGUGUUGAUUUUUAUAAGUUCUUUAUAAAUUUUGGAUACUAACCCUUUAUCAGAUACAUCAUUUGCAAAUAUAGUCUCCCAGUUUGAAGGUUGCCUUUUAGUUUUGUUGAUUGUUUCCUUUGCUGUGCAGAUUUUUAUUUUGAUGAAGUCCCAGUAGGGUGUUUUUUUGUUUGUUUGUUUGUUUUUUGCUUUUGUUUCUCUUGUGUCAGGAGACAUAACUAGUAAGAAUUUGCUACAGCGGAUGUAAAAAAGGUUGCUGCCUGUGUUCUCCUCACAAAUUUUAGGAUUGUUUGAUCUAGCUUGUAAUACAUGCUGGUGGUAUUUUGAUAGGGAUUACAUUAAUCGUGUACAUUGCUUUGGGUAAUAUAGUCAUUUUAGCAAUAUUUGUUCUUCCAAUCCAUGAGCAUGGAAUGUUUUUCCAAUUCUUUGUGUCACCUUCAGUUUCUUUGGUAAGUGUUCUAUGGUUUUCAGAGUACAGAUCUUUUACCUCUUUGGUUAGGUUUAUUCCUAGGUAUCUUAUGGGUUUUGGUACAAUUGUAAAUGGGGUCAAUUCCUUGAUUUCUUUUUUGCUGCUUCAUUAUUGGUGUAUAGAAAUGCAAACAGUUUCUGUACAUUGAUUUUGUAUCAGGCAACUUUACUGAAUUCAUGUAUCAGUUUUAUCAAGUUUUUGGUGGAGUCUUUUGGGUUUUCUGUAUGGAGUAUCAUGCCAUCACAAGUAGUGAAAGUUUGACUUCUACCUUGCCAGUUUGAAUGCUUAUUUCUUUUUGUUGCUGUUUUAUUUCUCAUUGCUAAGACUAGGGCUUCCAGUACUAUGUUAAAUAACAGUGUUGUGAGUGGAUAUCCCUGUCUUUUUCCUGACCAUAGAGGAAAAACUCUCAGUGUUUCUCCAUUGAGAAUGAUAUUAGUUGUGGGGUUUUCAUAUAUGGCCUUUAUUAUGUUAAGGUAUGUUCCCUCUAUCCCUACGUUGUUGAGGGUUUUUAUAAAGCAUGGAUGCUAAGGGCAUCUGGGUGGCUCAGUCAGUUAAGCAUCUGACUCUUGAUUUUGGCUCAGGUCAUAAUCUUGGAUUCUUGAGAUCGAACCCCGCAUUUGGCUCUGCACUCAAUGAGGAGUCUGCUUGGGAUUCUCUCUCUCCCUUUCUCUGCCCCCACCCCCACUCAUGCUCUCUCUCUCUCUCAAAUAAUAAAUAAAUAAAUUUUUAAAAAAUGGAUGCUGUAUUUUGUCAAAUACUUUUUCUGCAUCAACUGAGAGAAUCAUAUGGUUCUUAUUUUUUCUUUUAUUAAUGUGGUGUAUCACUUCAUUGAUUUGUGAACAUUGAACUACCCUUGCAGCCCAGAAAUAAAUCCCACUUGAUCAUGGUGAAUGUUUCCUUAAAUGUACUGUUGGAUUUGAUUUGCUAGUAUUUUGUUGAGAAUUUUUGCAUCCGUGUUCAUCAGGGAUAUUGACCUGUAAUUCUCCUUUUUAUUAAGGUCUUUGGUUGGUUUGGGGAUCAAUGUAAUGCUGGCCUCAGAAAAUGAAUUUGGAAGUUUUCCUUCCUUUUCUAUUUAUUGGAACAGUUUCAGAAGAACAGGUAUUAACUCUUCUUUAAAUGUUUGGUAGAGGGGCACCUGGGUGGCUUAGUCGUUAAGUGUCUGCCUUCACUCAGGUUAUGAUUCCAGGGUCCUGAGAUCGAGUCCUGCAUCGGACUCCCUGCUCUGCGGGAGGCCUGCUUCUCCCUCUCCUACUCCCCUGCUUGUGUUCCCUCUCUCGCUGUGUCUAUCUCUGUCAAAUAAAUGAAGUCUUAAAAAUAAAUAAAUAAAAAUAAAUAAAAAUAAAUAAAUAAAUAAAUAAAUAAAAUCUUAAAAAUAAAAAAAUAAAUAAAUGUUUGGUAGAAUUCCCCUGGGAAGCCAUCUGGGCCUGAACUUUUAUGUUGUCGUUGGGAGAUUUUUGAUUACUGAUUCAAUAUCUUUGCUGAUUAUCAGUCUGUUCAAGUUUUCUAUUUCUUCCUGUUUCAGUUUUGGUACUUUUUAUGUUUCUGGGAAUUUAUCCAUUUCUUCCAGAUUGUUCAGUUUGUUGGCAUAUAAUAUUCUCAUAUAAUAGUUUGUAUUUUUGUGGUGUUGGUUGUUAUUGCUACUCUCUCAUUUGUGCUUUUAUUUCUUUGGUUUCCGUCUCUUUUCUCUUUGAUGAGUCUGGCUAUGGAUUUAUCUAUUUUAUUAAUGUUUUCAAAGAACCAACUCCUGCUUUCAUUGACCUGUUCUAAUUUUUUCCCUUUAUUUUUGAUUUUCUUUUGUUUUUAGUUUCUAUAUCAUUUAUGUCUACUGUAGUCUUUAGUAAUUCCCUUCUUCUGCUGGUUUUAGGCUUCAUUUGUUGUUCUUUUUCUAGCUCCUUUAGGUGUAAACUUAAGUUGUUUGAGAUUUUUCUUCCUCCUUGAGGUAGGCCUGUAUUGCUAUAUACUUCCCUUUUAUGAACAGUUUUGCUGCAUCGCUAAGGUUUUGGACAGUGAUGUUUUCAGUUUCAUUUGAUUUCAUGUAUUUUUUAAAAUUUCUUCUUUGAUUUCCUUCUUGACCCAUUCAUUGUUUAGUAGCAUGUUUUUUUUUUAAUUUAAAUUCAAUUAGCCUGGAGCGCCUGGGUGGCUCAGUCGGUUAAGCGUCUGCUUUCGGCUCAGGCCAUGAUCCCAGGGUCCUGGGAUCGAGCCCCGCAUCCAGCUCUCUGCUCCGCGGGAAGCCUGCUUCUCCCUCUCCUACUCCCUCUGCUUGUGUUCCCUCUCUCGCUGUGUCUCUCUCUGUCAAAUAAAUAAAUAAAAUCUUUAAAAAAAGGGCGCCUGGGUGGCUCAGAUGGUUGAGCGACUGCCUUCAGCUCAGGUCAUGAUCCUGGAGUCCCUGGAUCGAGUCCGGCAUCGGGCUCCGUGCUCGGCAGGGAGUCUGCUUCGCCCUCUGACCCUCCCCCCUCUCAUGCGCUCUCUCUCUCAUUCUCUCUCUCUCAAAUAAAUAAAUAAAAUCUUAAAAAAAAAUAAAUUCAAUUAGCUAACAUAUAAAAUACAUCAUUAAUAUUUGAUGUAAUGUUCAAUGAUUCAUUAGUUGCAUAUAACACCUAGUGCUCACCGCAUCAUGUGCCUUCCUUGAUGUCCAUCACCUAGUCAUCCCAUCCCCCCACCUAAUUCCCUUUCCACAACCCUCAGUUUAUUUCCCAGAGUCAAGAGUCCCAUAUGGUUUAUCUCCCUGCCUGAUUUCCUCCUGUUCAGUUUUCCCUCCCUGUCCCUAUGAUCUUCUACGUUAUUCCUUUUAUUCCACAUAUGACUGAAACCAUGUGAUAAUUGUGUUUCUCUGAUUGACAUAUUUCAAUUAGCAUAAUACCCUCCAGUUCUAUCCAUGUUGAUGAAAAUGGUAGAUAUUCAUCCUUUCUGAUGGCUGAGUAAUGUUCCAUUGUAUAUAUGAACCACAUCUUCUUUAUCCAUUCAUCUGUUGAAGGACAUCUCAGUUCCUUCCAGUUUGGGUAUUGUGGACAUUGCUGCUAUGAACUUUGGAGUGAAGGUGCCCCUUCUUUUCAUUACAUCUAUAUCUUUGAGGGUAAAUACCCAGUAGUGCAGUUCCUGGGUCAUAGGGUAGCUCUAUUUUUAACAUUUAAGGAGCCUCCAUACUGUUUUCCAGAGUGGCUGUACCAGCUUGCAUUCCCACCAACAGUGUUGGACGGUUCCCCUUUCUCCACAUCCUCACCAACUUUUGUUGUUCAUAUCUUAUUAAUUUUGGCCAUUCUAACUGGUAUAAGGUGUUAUCUCAUUGUGGUUUUGAUUUGUAUUUCCCUGAUGGCAAGUGAUGUGGAGCACUUUAUCAUUUGUCUGUUGACCAUUUGUAUAUCUUCUUUGGAGAAGUGUCUGUUCAUGUCUUCUGCCCAUUUCCUGACUUGAUUAUUUGUCUUUUGGGUGUUGAGUUUGAGAAGUUCUUUAUGGAUAGUGGAUACCAGCCCUUUAUAUAUUAUGUCAUUUGCAAAUAUCUUCUCCCAUUCCAGAGGUUGCCUUUUAAUUUUGUUGACUGUAUCCUUUGCCGUGCAGAAGCUUUUAAUCUUGAUGAAGGCCCAAGUGUUCAUUUUUGCUUUUGUUUCCCUUGCCUUUAGAGAUGUGUCUUGCAAGAAGUUGCUGUGGAUGAGGUCAAAGAGGUUACUGUCUGUGUUCUCCUCUAGGAUUUUGAUGGAUUCCUGUCUCAUAUUGAGUUCUUUCAUCCAUUUUGAGUUUAUCUUUGUGUAUGGUGUAAGAGAAUGGUCCAGUUUCAUUCUUCUGCAUGUGGCUGUCCAAUUUUCCCAGCAGCAUUUAUUGAAGAGACUCUCUUUUUUCCAUUGAAUAUUCUUUCCUGAUUUGUGUAAUAUUAGUUGACCGUAGAGGUGAGAGUCCAUUUCUGGGCUCUCUGUUCUGGUCCAUUAUCUAUGUGUCUGUUUUUGUGCCAGUACUAUGCUCUCUUGAUGACCACAGCUUUGUAAUAUACCUUGGAGUCAGGCACUGUGAACCUCCCAGCUUUAGUUUUCUUUUUGAAUAUUCAUCUGGCAAUUCGGGGUCUUUUCUCUUUCCAUACAGAUUUUAGGAUUGUUUGUUCCAGCUCUGAAAAAUGUUGAUGGUAUUUUGAUAGGGAUUGCAUUGAAUAUGUAGAUUGCUCUAGGCAGCAUAGACAUUUUCACAAUGUUUAUUCUUCCAGUCCAUGAACAUGGAAUGUUUUUCCAUCACUUGUGUCUUCCUCAAUUACUUUCAUAAGUGUUCUGUAGUUUCUAGAGUACAGAACCUUUACCUCUUUGGUUAGGUUUAUUCCUAGGUAUCUUAUGGUUUUUGGUGCAAUUGUAAAUGGGAUGGAUUCCUUAAUUUCUCUUUAUUCUGUCUCAUUGUUUGUGUAUAGAAAUGCAACUGAUUUCUGUGCAUUGAUUUUGUAUCCUGCCACACUGUUGAAUUUCUGUACGAGUUCUAGCAAUUUUGGGGUGGAGUCUUUUGCAUCUGUGAAGAGAGUUUGACUUCUUGUUUGCCAGUUUGAAUGCCUUUUAUUUCUUUUUGUUGUCUGAUUGCUGAGACUAGGACUUCUAGUACUAUGUUGAACAGUAGUGGUGAGAGUUUGCAUUCCUGUCAUGUUCCUGACCUUAAGGGAAAAGCUUUCAGUUUUUACCCCAUUGAGAAUGAUAUUCGCUGUGAGCUUUUCAUAGCUGGCUUUUUAUGAUAUUGAGGUAUGUUCCCUCUAUCCCUAUACUUGCAGGUGUUUGAAUCAAGAAAGUAUGUUGUAUUUUGUAAAAUGCUUUUUCUGCAUCAAUUGAGAGAAUCAUGUGGUUCUUCUCUUUACUUUUAUUAAUGUAAUCUAUCACGUUGAUUGAUUUUGAAUGUUGAACCUCCCUUGCAUCCCAGGAAUAAAUUGCACGUGGUCGUGGUGAAUAAUCGUUUUAAUGUUAUUGGAUCCUAUUGGCUAGUAUCUUGGUGAGUAUUUUGGCAUCCAUGUUGAUCAGGGAUAUUGGUCUGUAAUUCUCCUUUUCGGUGGGGUUUUUGUCUGGUUUGGGGAUCAAGGAAAUGCUGGCCUCAUAGAAAGGGUUUGGAAGUUUUCCUUCCAUUUCUAUUUUUUGAAACAGCUUCAGGAGAAUGGGUAUUAGUUCUUCCUUAAAUGUUUGGUAGAAUUCCCCCUGGGAAGCCAACUGGCCCUGGACUCUUGUUUUUUGAGAGGUUUUUUAUUAGUGCUUCAAUUUCCUUGCUGGUUAUUGGUCUGUUCAGAUUGUCUAUUUCAUCCUGUUUCAGUGUUGGCACUUUAUAAGUAUCAGGAAUGCAUCCAUUUCUUCCAGAUUCCUUAAUUUGUUGGCAUAUUGUUGCUCAUAAUAUGUUCUAACAGAACAUAAUAGAACAGAACAUAAUAUGUUCUAACAUAAUAUGUUCUAACUGUAUUUCCUUGGUAUUGGUCAUCAUCUCUCCCCCUUUCAUUCAUGAUUUUAUUAAUUUGGGUCCUUUCUCUUUUCUUUUGGAUAAGUCUGGCAAGAGGUUCAUUGAUUUUAAUUCUUUCAAAGAACCAGCUUCUAGUUCAUUGAUCUGUUUAAUGUUCUUCUGGUUUUUAUUUCAUUGAUUUGUGCUCUAAUCUUUAUUAUUUCUCUUCUCCUUCUUGGUUUAGGCUUUAUUUGCUGUUCUUUCUCCAGCUCCUUUAGGUAGAAGCUAGCUUGUGCAUUUGGAAUUUUUCUAAUUUUUUGAGAGAGGCUUGUAUUGCUAUGUACUUCCCUCUUAAGACACCUUUGCUGUAUCCCAGAGGUUUUGAAUCGAUGUGUUUUCAUUCUCAUUAGUUUCCAUGAAUUUUUAAGUUCUUCUUAAUUUCUUGGUUGACCCAUUCAUUCUUUAGCAGGAUGCUCUUUAACCUCCAAGUGUUUGAGUUCCUUCCAAAUUUCUUGUGAUUGAGUUCCAGUUUCAAAGCAUUGUGGUCUUAAAAUAUGCAGGGAAUAAUCUCAGUCUUUUGGUAUCUGUUAAGACCUGAUUUGUGCCCCAGUAUGUGAUAUUUUCUGGAGAAUGUUCCAUGUGCACUCGAGAAGAGGGAGUAUUCUGUUGUUUUAGGAUGGAAUGUUCUUUUUAAGAUUGUAUUUAUUUAUUUAUUUAUUUAUUUAUUUAUUUAUUCAUUUAUUUAUCUUGUUUUUUUAUUAACAUAUAAUGUAUUAUUUGUUUCAGGUGUACAGGUCUGUGAUUCAUCAGUCUUACGCAAUACACAGCAUUCACCUUAACACAUACUCUCCCCAAUGUCCAUCACCCAACCACCCCAUCUCUCCCACCCUCCUCCACUCCAGCAACCUUCAGUUUGUUUCCUGAGAUUAAGAGUCUUUUAUGGUUUAUCUCCCUCUCUUGUUUCCUCUUGUUUCAUUUUUUCCUCUCUUCCCCUAUGAUCCUCUGCCUUGUUUCUCAAAUUCCACAUAUCAGUGAGAUCAUAUGAUAAUUGUCUUUCUCUGAUUGACUUAUUUCACUUAGCAUAAUACCCUGUAUUUCCAUCCACAUCAUUGCAAAUGGCAAGAUUUCAAUUUUUUUGCUAGCUGCAUAAUUUUCCAUUGUAUAUAUAUAUAUAUAUACCACAUCUUCUUUAUCCAUUCAUCUGUCGAUGAACAUCUAGGCUCUUUCCAUAGUUUGGCUAUUGUGGACAUUGCUGCUAUAAACUUUGGGGUGCAUGUGCCCCUUUGGAUUACUACAUGUGUAUCUUUGGGGUAAAUACCCAGUAGAACAAUGGCUGGGUCGUAGGGUAGCUCUAUUUUCAACUUUUUGAGGAACCUCCAUACUGUUUUCCAGAGUGGCUGCACCAGCUUGCAUCCCCACCAACAGUGUAGGAUGGUUCCCUUUUCUCUGCAUCCUUGCCAACAUCUGUCGUUUCCUGACUUGUUAAUUUUAGCCAUCCUGACUGAUGUGAGAUGGUACCUCAUUGUGGUUUUGAUUUGUAUUUCCCUGAUGCCGAGUGAUGUUGAGCACUUUUUCAUGUGUCUGUUGGCCAUUUGGAUGUCUUCUUUGCAGAAAUGUCUGUUCAUGUCUUCUGCCCAUUUCCUGAUUGGAUUAUUUGUUCCUUGGGUGUUGAGUUUGAUAGGUUAUUUAUAGAUUUUGGGUACUAGCCCUUUAUCUGAUCUGUCAUUUGCAAAUAUCUUCUCCCAUUCUGUUGGUUGUCUUUUUUUCUUUUUACAUUUUUUAAAAAAGAUUUUAUUUAUUUAUUUGACAGAGAGAGACACCACGAGAGAGGGAACACAGCAGGGGGAGUGGGAGAGGGAGAAGCAGGCUUCCCACUGAGCAGGGAGCCCAAUGCAGGGCUCAAUCUCAGGACCCUGGGAUCAUGACCUGAGCCGAAGGCAGACGCUUAAUGACUGAGCCACCCAGGCCCCUGUUGGUUGUCUUUUGGUUUUGUUGACUGUUUCCUUUGCUGUGCAAAAGCUUUUUAUCUUGAUGAAGUCCCAGUAGUUCAAGCUCUAUUACAAAGUUGUAAUCAUCAAGACAGCAUGGUACUGGCACAAAAAAGGACACAUAGAUCAAUGGAAAAGAAUAGAGAUCCCAGAAAUAGACCCUCAACUCUAUGGUCAACUAAUCUUUGACAAAGCAGGAAAGAAUAUCCUGUGGAAAAAAGACAAUCUAUUCAAUAAAUGGUGCUGGAAACAUUGGACAGCCACAUGCAGAAGAAUGAAACUGGACCAUUUCUUUACACCAUACACAAAAAUAGACUCAAAAUGGAUGAAAGACCUAAAUGUGAGACAGGGAUCCAUCAAAAUCCUAGAGGAGAACACAUGCAGCAACCUCUUCAACCUCAGUCACAGCAACUUCCUCCUAGACACAUCGCCAAAGACAAGGGAAGCAAUGGCAAAAAUUGUGGUUGUCUUCUAGUUUCACUGUGUUGUGGUCAGAAAAUAUGCAUGGUAAGAUCUCCAUCUUGUACUUGUUGUGGCCUAAUUUGUGACCUAGUAUGUGAUCUAUUCUGGAGAAUGUCCCCUGUGCACUUGACAAGAAUGUAUAUUCUGCUGCUUUAAGAUGAAAUGUUCUGAAUAUAUCUGUUAAGUCCAUCUGGUCCAGUGUAUCAUUCAAAGCCAGUGCUUCCUUAUUGGUUUUUUGCUUAGAUGAUCUGCCUGUUGAUGUAAGUGGGGUGUUAAAAUUGUCUACUAUUAUUGUAUUAUUAUCAAUGAGUUCCUUUAUAUUUGUUAUUAAUUGUUUUCUAUAUUUUGGUGCUCCCAACUUGGGGUCAUAAGUACUUAUAAUUGUUAGAUUUUCUUGCUGAGUUGUCCCCUUUAUUAUGAUACAGUGACCUUCUUCUUGUCUUAUUAUAGUCUUUGGUUUAAAAUCUAGAGUGUCUUGGGCGCCUGGGUGGCUCAGUCAUUAAGCAUCUGCCUUCGGCUCAGGUCAUGAUCCCAGGAUCCUGGGAUCGAGUCCCACAUCGGGCUCCCUGCUCGGCGGGAAGCCUGCUUCUCCCUCCCCCACUCCCCCUGCUUAUGUUCCCUCUCUCACUGUGUCUCUCUCUGUCAAAUAAAUAAAUAAAAUCUUAAAAAAAUAAAAAUAAAAUAAAAUCUAGAGUGUCUUAUAUAUGUAUUGCUACUUGGGCUUUCUAUUGAUGUACAUUUGCAUGUUAUAUGUUUCUCUAUCCCCUCACUUUCAAUCUGCAGGUGUCUUUAGGGUAAAAUGAGUCUCUUGUAGGCAACCUACAGAUUGUCUUUUUUUUUAAUCCAUUCUGACACCCUAUUUCUUUUGAUUGGAGCAUUUAGUCCAUUUAUAUUCAGAGUAAUUAUUGAUAUGUAUUUUGUGCCAUUUUAUUGCUUGUUUUGUCAUUGUUAUCUAGAUAUUUUCUCUGUUCCUUUCUAGUCUUUGUUGCUUUUGGUCUUUCUUUCCUAUUCAGAGAGUUCCCUUUAAUAUUUCUUGGAGUGCUGGUUUAGUGGUCAUGAACUCCUUUAGGUUUUGUUUGCCUGGGAAACUCUCUUUCUCUCUGAAUGAUAGCCUUGCUGGAUAGAGUAUUCUUCACUGCAGAGUUUUCCCAUUCAGCACAUUGAAUAUAUCAUGUCACUUUCUUCUGGUUUGCCAAGUUUCUGUGGAGAGAUCUGCAGCUCGAGUUAUGGGUCUUCCCUUGUAAGUUAGGGACUUCUUAGACUUGGUGUUUUUAGAAUUGUUUUUCUUUAUCACUAUAUUUUGUAAAUUUUCAUUAUAAUACGUCUUCUUGUUGGCCUGCUUUUGUUGACUUUAAUGGAGGUCUCUGUAAUUCCUGAAUUUGGAUGUCUUUUUCCUUCUUAAGAUUAGGGAAUUUUUCUGCUAUUAUUUCCUCAAAUAUACCUUCUGCCCCCCUUUCCCUCUCUUCUUCUUCUGGGAUUCCAAUGAUACAAAUGUUAUUAUGUAUGAUGGAGUCACUGAGUUCCCAAAGUCUAUUCUUGUGGUCCAUAAUUGUUCUUUCUUUUAUUCAGCCUCACUAUUUUCCAUUAUUCUGUCUUCUGUAUCACUUCUUUAUUCCUCUGAUUCUUCCAUCCUGUGGUCAAUACAUCUAGUCUCUUUCAAAUCUCAGUUAUUGCACUUUUUUCAUUUCUGAAAUUUUUAAGCUCUUUUUUCUGUAUGGUAAGGGCCUCCCUGAUGUCUUCCAUUCUUUUCUUAAACCUAGCGAGUAUUCUUAUGAUUGUUGCUUUAAAAUCUCUAUCGGGCAUGUUAAUUAUAUCUCUUUUGGUUAGAUCUCUUGCCGUGACUUUUUCUUGUUCUUUCUUCUGGGAUGAAUUCCUCUAUCUUGGCCUUUUGUGUAAGUCUCUGUCUUCUUCUGUGUUUUAGGAAAGUCUGUUGUUUCCUGCUCCUGAGAGUCAUAGCUUAUUUUUUUUUUCAAACAUAUUUAUUUAUUUGAGCGAGGGAGAGAGAGCACAUGAGGCUUGGGGGAUGGGCAGAGGGAGAAGGAGAGAAAUUCAAGCAGACCCUGUGCUGAGCACAGAGCCCAAUGUGGGGCUCGAUCUCAUGGCCCUGAGAUCAUGACCUGAGCCAAAAUUAAGUCAGACACUUAGGGUGCCUGGGUGGCUCAGUCGUUAAGCGUCUGCCUUCGGCUCAGGUCACAGUCCCAGGGUCCUGAGAUCAAGCCCCGCAUCGGGUUCCCUGCUCCGCAGGAAGCUUGCUUCUCCGUCUGCCACUCCUCCUGCUUGCGUUCCCUCUCUCACUGUGUCUCUCUCUGUCAAAUAAAUGAAUAAAAUCUUAAAAAAAUAAAAGAGAGAGAGAGACACUUAACCAACUGAGCCACCCAGGCACCCAAGAGUCAUGGCUUUAUGAAGAAGAGGUCAUAAAUUGUCCAGGGCCUGGUGCUUCAGGGAUUGCUUCUGCUGUGUGCUACAUGGACUUUGCUGCUAUGUUUUGGCUGCUGUAUCCUUCAGGCCAGUCAUCUGCAGAUUCUCUCCUUGCCUGCAGUGGGCAGUGUUUGGAACUUGGCCAGAGUGUGGUGAGUUUUUUCUAGGUGUGCUGUGAUCUGCUUAUUAAAUGAAACCUGAUGCUACUUCCACUAGAACUGAAGUCUUGCAGAACUCUCUGUUCCUGAGACAUAGUGUGUAAAAGGGUUUCUGCUGGUCUUCUGGGGAAGGGUGUGCUGCACUGAGACUUUGGCACACUUGCUUGAGGAAAGCAGUACCAGAAGAGUGCAGGGGGUCAGGACUUGGUGUCAGUAGGUUAGGGACCCAGUGUAAGGUGCUGUGUUAGUCACUGAGGCUGGUUUAUGCUGAGGGGAGGAAAAUGACACCAGCAUGCUCCUUCUUCCCUGGAGAGGGGUCUCUGUUCAUGCUGCUCUCAGGGAAGCCCUCCCAGAAGAGUGAAUAAUUUCCACUCAUGUGUCCCAGGCAUUUUUCAGGACACUGUUUUCAAGCUGUGUAUCUCUGGGUUCCUUGCCUGCCUGGAGCAGUGCACUGCACUUUGUGCUCUAUCCCAGCCAAGCCUGCUGACUUUUAAAACUCCAAACAUUAGGUAUGUACUGUGGUGGCUGACUGUGCUUGGUUAGUGUCUUGCUGCAGUGGGAUGGAUGCAGGUUUGACCUAGAAGGGCAGUUGCACCAAGAAUGCAGGGGCAUGGGAAUUGGAGCAAGUAGGCUAAACAACCAAUGUUUAAGUGAGAAACACUGAGCAGGUUUGUCUGUGCCUAUGCUGAAGGGUGGGGAAGGGAAAUGGUGCCCACAGGCUCUUUUGUCCCCAGUCAUCUCUGUGAAGGCCACUUUUCACAGAUGCACUCCAAGAAGAAGGAACAGUCUUUCCCCUGUGUACCUUAGGUGCUCUGGGGUUGUUUGUCUGCCUUCUCUCCAGGAUUAGGGCAGCACCCUCAGAGCUCUAUCCCAGCCAAGCCCUCUGACCUUUAAAAUUCCAGUCUUCAGGGGCACCUGGGUGGCUCCAUCAGUUGAGUGUCUGACUCUUGGUUUUGGCUCAGAUCAUAAUCACAGGGCAGUGGGAUAGAGCCCCAGGUGGGCUCCAUGCUCAGUGUGGAGUCCACUUGUCCCUCUCCCUCUGCUCCUCCCCCGCUCUCUCUCUCACUCUCUCUUUCUUAAAUAACUAAAUAAAAUCUAAAAAAAAAAAAAAUCCAGUCUUCAAGCCCUCCUGAUUACAAAAACAAAAAACAAAAACAAAAACCUCAAGAAAAUCACCCCCUCUUGUUAUCCCAGCCAAUAGCUUUGGGCAAAUGUUCUCCUAGUGUGUUUCCCUGUGUGCUCUUCUGUCUCUCACCUUUCUCCAUAACCAGGGCUCCCUCCCCUCUGCAGCACUCACAAUCCAUUUCUCCCCCAAACCAAGUCUCUUCCUACCUUCCUCGAUGUGGCCUCUUCUCUCCCUCUAGUUGUGCAGUUUGUUCUGUCAGUCCCCACAUAGAUUUCUUGGGUAUUCAGAAUGAUUUGGUAUUUAUCUACUUGUAUUCAAGGGACAAGACAAGCCUAGGGUCCUCCUUCUACACCACCAUCUUAGCUCCUCUCAAAGGCAAAACUUGAUACAAGUGAGUAGCACUCUCUGUCUUCACUGGGCCUGGAAAUCCCUUCCCCCACCUAGAGAUACACCUGGACAGGGGGAUCCAACACAACAAACACCCACCUAGGGAGCAUCUCUGCACUGGCUAGAGGAGAUGUUGCUCCAUUCAGGAAUCACUUAAUAAAGCCAAUUAGAUCUUCCAAAGGAAAAAAAAAUCCACUUGGGAAGAGUUCUUUGCUUCCAUGGGCCCAAGAACCACCUUCCUACCUAGAUAGACCAGGGGGCCUUACUGUAACAGUAAGGAGAAUCCUUCCACAACAAGCAGUUUACCCAGGAAGUGCUCUCUUUGCCCCCACCAAACCAAGGCUUCCUUCCCCCAUACAGAGACAUCUGGCAUCAUUGCACCAGCAGUGAUCUUCAUUAAAUAAGCAGCUAGGCAGAGCCUACAGGUAAUCCCUAUCUUAUAAACCUGAGACUCCCUUCAUAAACUUAUAGGAAAAGAGGCAACCCAGGCUGAGGAAGUUCAUUCUAUUCUCUUAGGAAGUGCAAGCAGGGAUUAGUGGGAAACAUGAUGGCACCAGAUAUACUAAGCAGAAAGAAUAGCAUGCCAAAAGCUCUUAUUAAUUUGUAUUCAAAAGUCGCUCUACAAAGCAUGCCAGAAUCUGCAUGGUAAACCUAAACAGAGUAAUUGUCUUCUAAAACAAAGGAUUUAAAUAAACUCAGAAUCUUCCAACACCCAAAUAUCCAGAAUAAAAAUGAAAAUCACCUGUCAUACCAAAACCUAAAUGACAGAAA